AUGUCUGACUCUGUUGACCGCGUCUUCAACCAUGCUCUCGCCACAGUUCGCCGGCUACCACGCACCGGUUCGUCCAGACCUCCCCCGUCAGCACGCCUUCGCCUAUAUGGCCUAUACAAACAAUCCAUGGAGGGUGAUGUUGAGUCGAUAUUGCCACGCCCCACGCUCCCUUCCGUGUCACCCGACCCGAAUCAUUCAAAAUCCAACAAUGUCCAUCGUUAUGCCUCACGCGACUUACGAAUGCGGGAAGCCGAAGCCGAGAUUGAAAAGUGGGACUCAUGGCAUAGCUGCGCCGGAAUGUCAAAGACAGAUGCAAAGAGAAGAUAUAUUGGCACCCUAAUUGAAACCAUGAAGGAGUAUGCAAGCGGCACCCAGGAGGCCCGCGAACUGGUUGCCGAACUGGAGUUUGUCUGGAAUCAAAUCCGUAGUCAGAGUGGAAGCUCCGAAGACGAGGAUGCAGACGCAGACCCAGAUUCGCCCACCAGGAGACUGGAACGAGCAGGUCUCAAGCAAACGCUCGGUUUUGGGAGUAAUUCACCCAGCCAGAUUGCCCAAGUCGGACGUGCAGGUGGUGCUAGCGGUCGAGCAAAUUCAGAGCCAAAUCGAUUAAGGGUUCUCUCACCGGUGUCGGCACGCGACAGUAACGAUGUAGUGGAGGCGGAAGAGGUCGAUCCUGAUACAGAAGCGGUCAUUGGUCCCUUGACGACCUCAUCACAGCUCAUUUCUGAGUCGGAAUGGAGAGCAAGAAUAGAAGCUCAUCUACGACAGCUGGCAACAGAGGUCGCUGCUUUGCGGGAAGAAAUGUCCGCAAACCAUCUUCUCUCCUCCUCAUCGCUAUCGCCUUCGCUUACCUCCCGGCGAAGGCGGCUGUUAUUUCGAAUGACUUCCUGGGCGCGAUGGUUGGCGUGGACAUUCAUGCGCCAGGCCUUCGUUGCGGCCGCCUUUGUCCUCCUUGUCAUCCUUUGGGCUAGAUGGAAAGGGUUUAAAGAUCGACGGGUAGAACAUUGGGCUAGGAGGCGUUGGAACGAUGCCCAAGUACUUUAUGGAAGCAUAAACUUGUGGCUCAAGGGACUCACGGUAACAUAUGGAUUGCGUCCACGAUCCAAUGCCUCCUGA